CCCGGGCUCCGGCAUCCAACCUGCUGCAGCCGCGGCCCGGCCGAACGGAGCAAAACCCGCGCACCGAGCACACGCUCGCGCGGCACCCGGCCCCUCUGGUCUGCCCCGCGGUUCAUCCCCUAGUCCUUCGGCCGCAGCCCCAGCGAGCACUCACCGCAGGAUCUCUGCCUGCUCCCCGCCGCCGCCACCGCCAGGGUCCCCGGAUCGCACCCAGGCAGGAAGGCAGGCGCGGCGUGCGCCCCGCCGAGCCCGCGACCCCUGCCCGCUGCCGGCUGCCCGGCUCGGUCCGGCUGGCACCAUGCUGCCCGCGCGCUGCGUCCGCCUGCUCACGCCCCACUUGCUGCUCUUUUUGGUGCAGCUGUCCCCGGCCCGCGGCCACCGCACCACCGGCCCCAGGUUUCUGAUAAGUGAUCGUGAUCCUCAGUGCAACCUGCACUGCUCCAGGACUCAGCCCAAGCCAGUCUGUGCCUCUGAUGGCAGGACCUACGAGUCCAUGUGUGAGUACCAGCGAGCCAAGUGCCGAGACCCGACCCUGGGCAUGGUACAUCGUGGGAGAUGCAAAGAUGCCGGCCAGAGCAAGUGUCGCCUGGAGCGGGCUCAAGCCCUGGAGCAAGCCAAGAAGCCUCAGGAGGCUGUGUUUGUCCCAGAGUGUGGUGAGGAUGGCUCCUUCACCCAGGUGCAAUGCCACACGUACACGGGCUACUGCUGGUGUGUCACCCCAGAUGGGAAGCCCAUCAGUGGCUCUUCUGUGCAGAACAAAACUCCUGUAUGUUCAGGUUCAGUCACCGACAAGCCCUUGAACCAGGGUAACUCAGGAAGGAAAGUCUCUUUUCGGUUCUUUUUAACCCUCAAUUCAGAUGACGGGUCGAAGCCAACGCCCACGAUGGAGACUCAGCCGGUGUUUGAUGGAGAUGAAAUCACUGCUCCCACAUUAUGGAUUAAGCACUUGGUAAUCAAGGACUCCAAAAUGAACAAUACCAAUGUAAGAAAUUCAGAGAAAGUCCAUUCUUGUGACCAGGAAAGGCAGAGCGCCCUGGAAGAGGCCCGGCAGAACCCCCGUGAGGGCAUUGUCAUCCCCGAGUGUGCCCCUGGGGGCCUGUAUAAGCCCGUGCAGUGUCACCAGUCCACUGGCUACUGCUGGUGUGUGCUAGUGGACACGGGGCGCCCACUGCCUGGGACAUCAACACGAUACGUGAUGCCCAGUUGUGAGAGCGACGCCAGAGCCAAGAGCGCGGAGGUAGAUGACCCCUUCAAGGACAGAGAGCUACCAGGCUGUCCAGAAGAGAAGAAACUGGAAUUUAUCACCAGCCUCUUGGAUGCGCUCACCACCGACAUGGUUCAGGCCAUUAACUCAGCAGCGCCCACUGGAGGUGGGAGGUUCUCAGAGCCAGAUCCCAGCCACACCCUGGAGGAGCGUGUAGUGCACUGGUACUUCAGCCAGCUGGACAGCAACAGCAGCGGCGACAUCAACAAGCGAGAGAUGAAGCCCUUCAAGCGGUACGUGAAGAAGAAAGCCAAGCCCAAGAAAUGUGCUCGGCGUUUCACCGACUACUGCGACCUGAACAAGGACAAGGCCAUCACCCUGCCUGAGCUGAAGGGCUGCCUGGGUGUGAGCAAAGAAGGUGCUAGCCUUGGCAGCCUCCCCCAGGGAAAGCAAGCAGACACAAACCCUCUCAGACGCCUCGUCUAAGGAGCCAGACAGCAGGGCGCAGGUGCAGAGUCAAGGGGACAGGAUGCACCAAGGAACCCCUAGCCUCCAGUGCUGCCUGCGGCCCCGCCACCUCCCCUGUAACAUAAAUGACGCCCACCGUGUUUGCACUUUCAGUAACUCUUCCUUGCGUGUCUUGCAUUUGGUUUCAUUUUUAAACACCAGUAUCUAACACCACAGUGGGAAA